UGCGGUGGAGUCGCCGAGUGCGGCGGUGGUUACCGCUCUCCGGCUGGCGGUGGCGUCCGGCGUACAGUCUUUCCUCUUGUCCACUGCUGCUCCUGCUCACUCCUCCUGGAAUUUCGAGAGUGGAAAGCGCGCGCGAUUCCGCGCGGACACGUGGCACGCCACUCAACACAGAUCGCUGGCAUCGGUGUCAACUGGUCGCAUCUUCGAUGAAGACGUAUCCUUGCAUUCAGCUAAUCUGGGUGCUCUUGCUCUACUUCCUUUCAAGGACACACCCGAAGGAUACCAGCAGCAGUGUGCCGAUUAUCUUUGCGCACUGACAGAGAAAACAUUUGGAGUUGCCGUUCCACGUUUGCUUGAGCUUUGACAAAGUGAUCGGAAGGUGUGGCUGUUUGUAAACUGGUAGCAAACUUUGCCCAGUACAUGCUCUCCGAUGUGCUCGAUCUUUCUUUCUUUCUUGAAUAGGACAGCUCGCUAUAAAGACGAGUCUUGGCAGAUUCUGCUUUUACAGAUGCCGUUGGGAUAAGCUCCUUGGUGAGCAAUCUUUUCGUCAUGCGAUUCUAGGAGAUAAUCUUGAAACACCCUUAAGAUCGUGAAAGCGAGAGGCAAGUUGAGAAAGCUGUCGUCCUAUAGGUGACAUAGGACAGCAUGCAAUUACUAAAAGGUAAUUUACGUUUUCUGUUUCACUUUCUGAUCCGCAUUUUAGCUGAAUAAAUGGCAAGAGCGUCAAUUGGAGGGCGAUUGGUGAUACUUUGACGGUGCUAUUGUUAUGCUCGUUUCAAUGUUGUCCAGCUUUAAUUCUUCAAGGUCUGUCCCGAUGGCAUUCCUUGAGUACGAAAGCUACAUUAUGGAACCCAGGCAAACAUCUUUGUUGGCCUAGAUAUUGAUCACGUCAGACAGAACUCGUCCUAUUACAUCAUCCCUAUUAAUCUAUAGCAGUAAUAGCGUUCAAAGCGGUUUGACCAGUAAUACAGAAAAAGAACAAGGACACGGCACAACUUCCCACUUAUCUUAAAUUACACCAUUAGCUACUUGCUCCAAACGUCAUGUAGCGGUAUCUCCAAGAUUGCGAUGGACACAGCAGCAAGAAGUUCCCUUGUAAUGCUCACUAAUGAUUAUGAGGUUGUCUAGCUAGAAAGUUUAUGAACAAUGUUCGGUGUCCUUUGAUAAUGUCAAGAGCGCCUUCACAAGAUUCAGUACUGUUGUACGUUUCUGAUGACAUGGGAGAUGCGAUUCCAAAAACAUGCCUGAUGAUGAUGAAUUCGGAGAAUACGCUGAGGAUCCAGACAGGAUAAUGUGUCCGACGACUGCGUCAUGGGAAAACGCAACUGCGUGCACUGUGGUGUUCACGCGAAUGACGGAACUCUCACCGUCAACAAAACGGGGAACAGCUCACAGUUUGGUGAUAGUGAAAACAGUACUGUCUGUGUUGCUCCUGUCUACGCUUCUGUCGCAACAGCCUACUGCUGCAACAGGACUGCCUCUUUCCACGGAAUCGACGAGCUGGCUUGCAAGGAUCCGUAGGGACGAGAGCGAGGGGAUCGAGAACCGACAUCGCACCGCAAGUGUAGGCUUUUACAUCGGUGACCCUUGCAACCAGACAUGCAGCAGUGUACUGUACCACGUCUUCUGCAACCUCACCUCUCGACGCUGCGAGUGCAGGCCGGAGUAUCCAGUCAACGUCAACAACCGGCAGUGCGUGAAAGCCUCCUCUCUUGGUGGGCACUGUGAUCAUAACGAGGCCUGCGCCUACUGGGUGGUGCACUCAUCAUGCCAGGAGAACGAGUGCCGUUGCACCGAUGGACACGAGCCGGAUUCUCGAGCCACUAAGUGUACACCGUCCCGUGGUGUGGCCAUCUUGGAGAGCACCGAACUGACAACAAUCGUGAGCAUUGUGGUGUCACUGAUGCUCUUCACUGCCCUGUUCUGCCUCGUGCUUAGGAUCUGUCGCAAGGCUCGCUCCCGUGCGUCCGACCGCAACAGGACGGCCGAGAGAACGGCGCAACGCGACGCCGAGAUGCGCGUCUCGGAGGAAGGAUCGCAGGGGAAAACCGGCGAGCCUUCGGCUGCCAAAGAAUGUCCCGGUUCCGGCGGAUCGUCUGGCAGCUCUGUGGAAUAUACGGCUUCACGUGUUGCCAGCUAACCCAGGCUGGAAAAGCAUUGAGACACACCUGGGGGAUCGUCGGCUAAAGUGACCACAAGUCCAGCUGACCCGGAUAGUUGGCCAGCCUCCACAUUCGGAUGAAGCCCAGUGCCGCAAGACAACAUUGGGAGCAGUAUCUGCGGAACCUGCUGAAAUGUCCGCAUAUCAGAGAUGAUGUGAUUUGAAAUAACACCGUGUUUGAGAAUACUGCUUCCAUUUCCUGCGCCAGAGCAGCUACUUGUGAACCUUACACGUGAAACAGAGCUGUUUUCCUAAUCGCCACUGUAAAACUUCAUAUGGCUUGGUGAAAAGUGCCAUUAGCCUCCUGAAUGACUAUCUCUUCACUUAUUAUUUCACAAAAUAGGGAACAUCCACUUCUUUUCUCCUUGCUUACCAA